AUGGGCCGCAUUUUAUCUCAGCCUAGCCCCGGCUGGUCACUUCGUGGUUAUGGUGACGAGGUUUGCAAGGAACAGCUUUUAAUUAAGGCGUCUGUACCAGCCGAGGAUCGCCUAUAUGUGGACGUCAUCAACUACCUCAGCAGCGAAGACUUGGCCAAAAAGAGAACCGGUACCCUGGUAGCGCGCACAGAGACUGCCGAUCGCUGCAUAGUUCCCUUCUGGCACCAGAAAACUACGAGAGACGAUUCCCAUGACUGCCAGAUUAUAUACACUUCCAAGUUUGGAACAAGGUUCUUCUGCCACGACGGUAAACCUCUGUUCCUCCGCCUCAGAUUUGCGAAGCCCUCUGGUCCCCAAAAUAGCAGGAAGCCAGAUGCGAACGAGGAACUGUUAGAGAUUCUCUGCCUAGGUUGGUCUCGAGACCCAAUCGACAAGUUCCUCCGCCAUUGUCAUAAAUUCAGACAAGGACAGCGCAAAGGCUCAGUUGCUGUCUACAUCCACCGGGGCAGUGAUUUCGGCAGCCGGGCAUUUUGGGACACAACGAUCGUAAAGCCUCAAAGGCCACUAAGUACGGUGUACUUGGACGAAGGCGAAAAAAGCCGGCUUGUCGAGGAUAUUCGAGAGUAUCUGCGCCCGCAAACCAGGAAUUUUUACAGAGAUCGCGGAGUACCCUACCGACGAGGGUAUCUCCUACAUGGACCUCCUGGUACGGGCAAAUCUUCCCUCAGCCUGGCUUUGGCAAGUGAAUUCAAUCUCGACGUUUACAUAUUGGAGAUUCCGAGCCUCCGCAGUGACAUAGAGCUGAAGGCGCUGUUCACACAACUGCCACAACGCUGUAUCGUUUUAUUGGAGGAUGUUGAUGCCAUCGGCCUUCAGCGUCGACGCGCCCUAUCAAAUUCAGAUUUGGAAAAUAAAAGCGAUAGCGAAGAUGAACAUUCAGAUUCGGUUGAAAAGCGGUCCGGCUGUUCACUUUCUGGGCUGCUAAACUUGCUGGACGGGGUGGCAAGCCCAGAAGGUCGCAUUCUUGUUAUAACCACCAACGCCAUUGAGAAGCUAGACACAGCGUUGUUUCGAGACGGAAGAGUUGAUAUAAAAGUUUACCUUGGGAAUAUGGACAAGGAAUCUGCCAGGUUGAUGUUCAAAACCAUGUAUCAACUCCAAUCGGAAACACUCCCCUCCGUCCAAAUUGAUAACAGCACCAAACAGCAAUCGUGCUAUAGACGGCAGAGGAAACCCCGGCUCCUCGUAGACAGGACCCCAGUGGGCACCGGGUUGGAUGGAGGUGAGGGUCUUGUCGGCAUGGUAAAUGGUGGUGUUCAUGGCGCCUGUACAGUCGUCAAUUGUUACGCCAUCCCGGAUAUUGUUGGCUCCCGGAUUGGCAGUGUGCCCAGCACCACGCACAGCGAACUUGCAGCUCUGGUUGCAACCCUUCAAAUUUCCGUCGUUGUUAUCGGUGCCCGACACGCCCAGCACCUCCACGGCCGUGGCGACCUCCUCGGCGGACUGCGGAAAAAAAAUGCAUGCUGGGGAAAUUUGUGUGCUAUCCAAGGGCCGAUAAGCCGACAGAGUAUCGUCAUAAAGAGUCGAGAGGUUCCUGGACAGGCGGUUGCCAAGGCCAACAGCCUCGAGGAUGUCACACUGAAAGAAGGGCCUGGAAGGUGUGUCGGUUCCAAUGGUGUAAAACACAACAGUGCUACCGAGGACGCUUGCCCCAAUUACGACAAUGUAUUUACCAGGGGUGGCUAUUUCUAUUGCACUACGAGCCACUCGGUCCAAGCAUGGGCACAACUUUGUGUUAAUGCCGGCGUGAGCACCGGCGAUUGCAAUUAG